GCUGAAGCACGUUGGAGCUGAAGCUUUGAAGAUGCUUUUAUAGAUCUGCUGCAGCUCUCCAAACGGAUCUCCUGCAGGUUUAUAGAGGACAAAGGACACGUCGUCUCAGGAGUGAGUCAUGUGACCAGUUCACGUCUGUCUGUUCCACAUCUCCUGAGGAUUAACAGAAGAACAGAAGUACGAGUCUUCAUAAACAGACGUGCGAUGAUAAAUCUCUGGCCUUCAGGAUCACAGCGCUUUAAAGUCAAACAAGAGAAAUAAAUCCCAGGAUUGAGUCUCAGGGAGGAGAGAAACACAGCAGCAGGAGGUUCCUGCUCUGAUCCUCAUGGAGCUCCAGCCCUGAACAUGAGGGAUAAAACUUCUUCAUGAUCUGGGAAUCAAGAUGAGAAAGACAUUUAACAGGUCUGUAGAUAUCAGCAUGAAUGAGUCCUGUGUCCAGUGAGUGACUCUGCGGGAUGUGCUUUGGACUUCAGACUGUGUGGUAAUCAUUCCAGCGAGGUUUUAUCAGCUUUACACCUGCUGUAAAUAUCGACCUGAUUUCCUCAUUCCACAAAGAUACGCUGAGGGGAAGAGACAGAGUUCUGUGAGGAUCCGACCACAAGCUGAAGUUCUGUGAGGAUCCGACCACAAGCUGAAGUUCUGUGAAGAUCCGACCACAAGCUGAAGUUCUGUGAAGAUCCGACCACAAGCUGAAGUUCUGUGAAGAUCCGACCACAAGCUGAAGUUCUGUGAAGAUCCGACCACAAGCUGAAGUUCUGUGAAGAUCCGACCACAAGCUGAAGUUCUGUGAAGACGUAUCCGUGAACCUCCAGGUUGCCUGUGGAUACCGUUCUCAUGGAAACCUCCGUGUGAUUUUAGUGCCAUACUUUCUCAUGGAGAACAUCUCAGGACCAGGUGAUGGAGAAAACAUUAGUGAUGUUUUAGAAGCCACUGAUGUAGAACGAGUCCUGGUGCCCAUCCUGGACAGCGUCAUCCUGCUGAGCGGGUUGGUGGGACACGUGCUGGUCAUCAUCAUCAUCUCACGAACAAUAAGAGCAAGAAGUGGAAUCAAUGCUGCUGGGAUCCAACAUGCUAACGCUAACGGAAUGGACAUUCUCCUGCUGAGUUUAAGUGUGGCGGAUAUUCUGCUUCUGUCCUGCGUCCCCUUUCACACUGUCGCCAUAGCGACCCGCCACUGGCCCUUCGGAAGCUUCAUGUGCAAAGCGGUCAGCUUCCUGGGAGCCAUGUGCAGCUCAGCUAGUGCCUUCACGCUCGCUGCUCUAGCCUUCAGCCGCUACAUCAUCGUGGUUCACCCGGCUAAAGCGUUCCGAUGCCGUAGAAGCAGCUGGAUAAAAAUCCUGGCUGUGGUUCUGUGGGUUCCGGCAGUUGUCUUGGCGAUUCCUCAGUUCACCUGGAGGACACUCAUUUCAGGCACUGAACUGCGUUCAACCAGACAGGAUUUGAUAUGUUUCAACUUCCUGUCUGACUCGGACCAGCUGGCGUACGGCAUUUUGCACUUUUUACUUGCAUUCCUUCUUCCGCUGGUAGUCAUCACACUAGCGUAUGGUAAGAUCUACCAUUACCUGCACAAAACCAGACAGCGGCGAGACACUAACCGGACGGCCCGACUGGAACGUUACCAGACGCAGGUGACCCAGACGUCGCUGCUGCUGGUUCUGGCAUUCGUCCUGUGUUGGCUGCCAUCCUAUGGACUGAUGCUGGUGCAGCUCGGAUAUGGAUCCACGGUGACGGGGCUUCAGCCCAGAUUCGGACCCUUCGCUACGUUCGCUCGCGUCAUGGCCACUUCAUCGACCGUGAUGAACCCUGUCUUGUACGUCUUCAUGUCACAGAAAUUCAGGAUGGAACUGAAGAAACUCGUGAGGAAACGCUGCUGCUAACGCGGACGCCUGAGAGAAACAUCC